GAAGCAAUAAUUUGUUAAAUAUGGAUUCCUACUUAAUGGAAAUUAAACAACUGCGUAUCCCUCGCCCGAAAUAUGAACCCAACAGUAGUCCACCAAAUAGUUGGCAUCGUUUUUCACGUCCAUUCACACCUCCACGUGAUUAUAAUGAUUAUAAUUUACCUACAAAUGAAAUGGGGAUAGCUGCCGCACUACAAAGGAAGUUUUCAUCCGGUAGCAGUGAAGAUUUUCGAUCGUCCUUACAUAAUAAAAUGUAAUACGAUAAGACGCGAUUUCUAAGGGUUAACUAACUAAAUUCUUUAAGUAUUGGGGUGCACAUUUUAAAUACUAAAUUUUAAAUUUUACCGAUGUAAACUUCACUUUUAUGCAUGUAAAA